GUGCUGUGGCUCUAAGCGCACUCUUCUUCUUCGACGCACACCGGCAGCCCGUUGUUCAAUGUUUGUGUUGAUCGCAUCUGCUUCAGUGAAUCUGUACCUCGGGAGAAGAAGAAGACGCGCUGUCUAAUGACGAAACCAGUGGAGAGCAGCAGAGCUUUGAGGGGAGCAGCGGGAAGGAUGUCGACAUAUUAUUGACUUGUGUUGAGUGUCGUCGAGACGAGCGACCCGCGCCGUGUGUUUUCUUCUGACACAGCAGCAGUGAGAAUGACGGAAUAUAAGUUAGUGGUGGUUGGUGCAGGUGGCGUGGGCAAGAGCGCUCUGACCAUCCAGCUCAUUCAGAACCACUUCGUUGAUGAAUACGACCCAACCAUUGAGGACUCGUAUAGGAAACAGGUGGUGAUUGAUGGAGAGACGUGUCUGUUGGAUAUCCUGGAUACUGCAGGUCAGGAAGAGUACAGUGCAAUGAGAGACCAAUACAUGAGGACUGGAGAGGGUUUUCUCUGUGUCUUUGCCAUCAACAAUACCAAGUCUUUUGAGGACAUUCAUCAGUACAGGGAACAGAUUAAGAGGGUUAAAGACUCAGAUGAUGUGCCCAUGGUGCUUGUGGGUAAUAAAUGUGACUUACCAGCACGAACUGUGGACACAAGACAAGCCCAGGAACUCGCCCGCAGCUACGGUAUUCCCUACAUCGAAACCUCAGCCAAGACAAGACAGGGAGUGGAAGAUGCCUUUUACACUCUUGUCCGUGAAAUCAGGCAGCAUAAGCUGAGGAAACUUAACCCGCCAGAUGACAAUGGUCAAGGCUGUAUGAACUGCCGCUGUGUGGUGUCAUGAUCCUGUGAAUAUGCAUGACGUGGCUUUUAGAGCGGUGCAGCCUUCCAGACCACAAACACUGCAACACCUACACAGAUGCUGGACGUUUAGAGCAGACUGUGUAAAAGGGAAAUCUUUAAUCUGGCAGCCCUGCAGUCUUCUUAGGGAUGUUCCCGUCUCGCUCCUUCACUGGAGAUGAAAUAAGUUGUACCUCAUUUUAACGGUCUCAACACUGGAGUUGCUAUGACUGGAUGACGCUGUCACACUUAAAUAUAUUUACAUUAAACAAACUAUCUACUCUUAACUGGAAGUAAUAGCUCAGAAAAGAACCUCUCAUAUUGCUUUGUCAGAUGUGGAUGUUAGAAAAACACUUUACGAGAUGGAGAGGAGAAAUACUACAUCAGUUAUAUUAGCAUAUGUCUGGUUGUGAGAAAGAUUUGUAUUGUCAUUUGCUUAGAGCAAGUCUAACCUAAUAAAAUGUACAUAAUUCAUGGCGUUCUCUUGCAAAGAGGACUUUUAGUCAUAUGCAGUGUGUUUAUCACAGGUUAUGGUGCAAUAGAUUGCGAUUAUUUGGUACACCUCUGAUAAGUCUUUGAUUUGCACAAGGUUUAGGACAAAAUUUAGAAGUGGAGGACUUUAUUCUUUGUUUGCUUCUGGUUUUGAAUGGCCCUCAGGGUCUAUGAAUU